CGCUCCUACUGUCACUCUAGAAAAUGGCCAAGUGUAACCACUUCCUAGCCCAGUUACAAAGAUAGCUCGAUCCAAAUUAUAUUGCUUGAUCUCUUUGUUUUGAUAUUUUCACUGCCACUCUUUGUUGCCUUUCACCUGUACUUGGCCAAAGUCGAUUUAGGUUUUUCAGGUCGAGAAGAAGAGUGAAUUCUUCAUCAAGUGCAGGCUUCUCGCGCUCGAAGCCGUCAACAGGUGGUAUCAGAGCCCGGCUCCGCUAAUAAAGGCUUAACAUCCUCCGGAGAAUCUAGAGAUGGCUUCAGGAUCAGUGAGCAAUGCUCCUCUUUAUCUUGCAGAUGGAUUUUCACAGAAUCGCUCGCCACGAUUCGAAGGGGUCAAUUACGGGUACUGGAAGAAUCGUAUGGAGCUGUUCGUGGGUUCGACUGACCAAAAACUUUGGGCAAGAGUUAUUAAAGGACCUCACGAACUCAAAGAAGAUCAAGAGAAGUGGAGUGAUGAAGACUUCGAGAAAUUUCAGCAGAAUUGCAAAGCCACGAAUUUGAUGUAUCGUGCUCUUGGACUAGAAGAAUACCACAAGGUGGCAGGGUGCAAGACUGCGAAAAAAAUCUGGGACAAGCUUCAAGUGACAUAUGAAGGAACUUCACAGGUUAAAACCUCAUGGAUAAACUCCUUGAAGCACCAGUUCAAAUUAUUCAAAAUGGAAGAAGGAGAAUCAAUCAGAAUCAUGUACGAGAGAUUCACCAACAUAGGGAAUAGCCUUGAGAAUCUAGGAAAGUCGUAUGAAAGUGGGGAUCUUGUGAGGAAGAUUAUGUGGAGCUUGCCAGACAAGUGGACACCAAAGAUCACAGCCAUUGAAGAAGCUAAAGACUUGGAAAAAAUAUAUGUCGAUGAGCUGAUCGGAUCCUUAGUUGCUCAUGAAGAUAAACUGAACAAGGUAAGUCAAGAGAAGGAAACCAAUGACAAAGGAAAAAGAGGAGUUGCCUUCAAAGCUAUCACGUCGUUGGAUGACUCAGAAGAUUUAGACGAUAUGGAAGACGAAGAAUUGGCGUUGUUAAGUAAGCAAGUCAGCAGAUUGCUUAAGAUCCGAAGGGAAAAGAAGUAUGGGAAUUCUAAAAGCAAGGUCAAAGAUCUUGAAAGAAAUGAAAGCGGGGUGAAAGGGAAUCAACUCAAGUCCUUCUCAAAAGGCAGAGCUGAUGUUAGUCAGAAUAUUAGAAGCAUAAGCUCAACAGGAUGUUUUAAAUGUGGCCGAGCAGGACAUAUCAAGGCUGAGUGUCCACAACUCAAGAAAGAGAGAGCCCUGGCUGCUACUUGGAGUUGCAGUGAAGAUGAAAUGGAUGAUGACGAUGAAGUUAUUGUCCAAAGAUUGUUCAUGGCGAUUGGUGAAGUUGAGGAUGAUCACUCGAGCAAAACAGCAACUCAAGACAGGUAAGUGAUACUGAAUCCAUACAUGAGUCAGAAUAUUUCAGUGACAAUGAAUUACUAAUUGAUACUAUCAGAGACAUUCAAGUAGAAUUUGGAAAUGUCAAAAUGAGAUAUAAUAAAAUGAAAAGAGAAAAUCAUGAGCAUCAGACAAGAAUAGUUGAACUAGAGAAUGAACUAGAGAUUAGUAAAACAGUAGUCAGUGAACUCAGGAAGAAAAUUAGCAUUAUGGAAACUGAGAAUAAACAUGAGCAAUGUAGAAAAGAGUCUAACAAAAUUACGAUACAAAGACCAGGGACUUAUACAAUCAGACAUGAUGCAAAAUUAAAGAAAGUAGAAUGCUACUACUGUCACAAGAAGGGACACAUCAUUAAAAUGUGCAGGAAGAGAUUGUGGUCAGAAGCUAGAAAAGAAGGGUCUGAUUGGUCAAGAAAACUUAAGCAACCAUGGAAUAAUCAACUGUUUAGUUCAAGUGCAUCACACAAACCCAAGAAAAUCUGGGUUCGGAAAACCAAAUGAAGUUUGUGUUUGCAGAGUUGUCUUCAAGUGAGCACAUAGGAUACCAGAUGGAUUAUGGACAGCGGAUGCUCCCAUCACAUGGCAGGUAACAAGAAACUGUUUUCUAGUCUCAGUCUAAGAGAUUUUGGUAAGGUCUAUUUUGGAGACAAUAACUCUGCUCAUAUCAUUGGUAAAGGUCAAGUGGGAACUGAUCCAUGCAUUAAAAAUGUUAUGUUAGUUGAGGGUCUGAAGCAUAAUCUUAUGUCUAUCAGUCAAAUGUGUGGAAAGACUUGCAGGGUGGUGUUUGAACCUAGUUGCUGCUAUGUAGAGAACAUUCUGAACAAACAAGUAGUAUUUACUGGUAAAACAAAUGGGAAAAUCUACACUAUUGAUCUAAAUGACAAGGACAGUUUCAAUGAGACUUGUUUGUUUAGUCUUGAUAAAAGUGAUAAGGAAGAAUGGCAUAGAAGACUGGGGCAUGUUAAUGUUAGUGGUCUGUCUAAGCUAGCUCGUCUAAAUUUAGUCAAAGGACUUCCAAAACUAAAUGAGAAAAAGGAUUUUUUCUGUGAUGCUUAUGCCAAGGGUAAACAGACCAGGUCUAGCUCUAAAACUAAAUAUGUCAUUUCUACAUCAAGGCCUCUAGAGUUACUUCAUUUGGACUUAUUUGGACCUACAAAUGUAGUCAGUUAUGGUGGAAAGUCUUAUGCCUUCGUUGUAGUUGAUGACUACUCUAGGUUCACCUGGGUAUUGUUUCUUAGUAGGAAGGAUGAAGCCUUUAAAAAUUUUAGAACUCUGGUCAAACGAAUUGAGAAUGAAAAAUUAGCUAAGGUCUGUAGCAUUCGAAGUGACCAUGGAGGAGAAUUCUGCUCUGACUCAUUUGAACAGUAUUGCAAUGAUCUAGGUAUCUCUCAUAAUUUUUCUGCUCCGAGAACACCACAAUAGAAUGGUGUUGUGGAGAGGAAAAAUAGAACUCUUAUAGACAUUGCACGCACUAUGCUGAAUGACUAUGGUAUUCCUAAGUUUUUCUGGGCAGAGGCUAUUAACACAGCCUGCUACACUGUCAAUCGAGCAUUAAUUAGAGCAGGUGUUAACAAAACUCCCUAUGAAAUCUGGAAGGGAAGAAAACCUAACCUAGGCUAUUUUCAUGCUUUCGGUUGUAAGUGCUUUGUAUUGAACACAAAAGAUCACCUGGGAAAAUUUGACUCAAAAUCUGAUGAAUCUGUGUUCUUAGGAUACUCAAACACUAGCAAGGCCUAUCGUGUGUUCAAUAAACGGACCCUCAAGGUUGAGGAGUCUGUCAAUGUUAUUUUUGAUGAAUCUGUUGUUGUAAGAACAGAUAGCUAUGAUUAUGACGAUUUUGGACUUGGAAGGCAGCAUUCAGCAACCAAAGAAGAUGGUGUCAAGACUGUUCAAAAACCAGAGGAAGCAACUGAUCAGCUGGAAGGCAUCCAGAUGCAAUCAGAAGAAGGAACCAAAGUAGCUGAUUAAGAUGCCCACCCACCAGCUUACAUUGUGAGACGUCAUCCUCCUGAACAAAUCAUAGGAAGUAUCAAUCAAGGUAUGAUUACUCGAUCAAAGAACUUACCAUCUACUGUUGCCUACGUGUCUUUAGUUGAACCAAAAAAUGUGCAUGAAGCUCUUCAAGAUGAGUUCUGGACUGCAUCUAUGUUUGAUGAAAUGCAUCAGUUUGAGCGUGCCAAUGUGUGGGAACUUGUUCCUAAACCUGAGAAUCGAGUAAUAAUAGGUACUAAGUGGAUAUAUAAAAACAAAUCUGAUGAAGUAGGAACUGUGGUUAGGAAUAAAUCUAGAUUAGUUGCUCAAGGGUACUUCCAGGAGGAAGGGAUAGACUAUGAAGAAACUUUUGCCCCUAUAGCUCGUUUAGAAGCCAUUCGAUUGCUGUGUGCUUUUGCUAGUUCAAAGGGUUUUAAGUUGUAUUAAAUGGAUGUUAAGAGU